UCCCCGCCAUGCCAGCCCCGCUGCUCCCGCUGCUGCUACGGAUGCUCCUGUCCCGCCUGCUGCUGCCAGCAGCCCGCCUGGCCCGCCAGCACCUCCUGCCCCUGCUGCGCGGCCUGGCCAGCCGCCUGCGCUCCCAGAGCCUGCGGGAGGCCUUGCUGGGCUGCCUGUUGUUCAUUCUCAGCCAGAGACACCCGCCGGGUGCUGCUGCCACCGCUGAGGCCUCUGGGGGAGCCCGCCCGGAGAGAAAAGACAGGCUAGCACCCCCCAAGUGA